CAGGAAGUGGCCAAAAAGAUGAAUUUGGACAUGAGGAAAACUUCCUCCCUGUGGAAGGACCAAGCCUUGGUGGAGAUCAACAUUGCUGUGCUUUACAGUUUCCAGAGUGACAAAGUGACAAUUGUUGACCACCACUCGGCUACUGAGUCCUUCAUCAAGCACAUGGAGAAUGAGUACCGCUGCCGAGGGGGAUGUCCAGCUGACUGGGUCUGGAUCGUCCCACCCAUGUCCGGCAGCAUCACACCUGUCUUCCACCAGGAGAUGCUCAAUUAUCGGCUCACACCUUCCUUCGAGUACCAGCCGGAUCCAUGGAACACCCAUGUCUGGAAAGGUACUAAUGGGACCCCCACAAAAAGGAGAGCCAUUGGCUUCAAGAAGUUGGCAGAAGCUGUCAAGUUCUCAGCUAAACUGAUGGGGCAGGCCAUGGCAAAAAGAGUCAAAGCCACCAUCCUCUAUGCCACUGAGACAGGCAAAUCCCAGGCCUAUGCAAAAACCUUAUGUGAAAUCUUCAAACAUGCCUUCGAUGCCAAG